ACAUGCGACAGAUGCAUCAACUCUCCAUCAAAUUUUGAAGUGAAGAAAGAAUAUAAAAUACUUUAACGAAAAAUGAUUUAACGAUAAGAUGGUUAAGAUUCCAAAAAUUACACUCUAAUAAAAAAGUACUUUUUAUAAUAUCACGGUUUUGUUAUUGUACAUAUAUAGGACACAACAUGUUUGGAAAGAAUAAUUAACUUAUAAAAUAUGAAUUUUUAGUAGGUGUAUUACCUGUUAUUUAUAAUUAUGAUUCCAAAAAUUACACUAGUAUAAAAUAGUAUUUUUUAUAAUACCACGGUUGUUUAAAAUGGUAUAUAUAAUUUGAAGUAUAUAAACUUUUAAUUAUUUAUUAAAACAAUUAAAAAAAGAUACGCAACAGCCGGGUUCCAAUUGGGGACCUCUCGAUCUGCAGUCUAAUGCCACUGAGGCACCAUCAAUUUGUAGAUAUCGAUUCAUUAACGUACUUUAAAAUAUCAUUGCAUUAGUCACAUUUUUAAAAUAGUUUGAAAUUUAAAAAGAAAUCGAUUUAUCCGUACAGUGUGAUUGGUCAGUGGGGUAAAGCUUUGCAGAUCCGUGAUAAGUAAUAGAUAGUAAUAAAAGUUAAUAACAAAAAUUGUAGCCAACUUUGAUUACAUAUUGCUAAUCAGUAAUCGUAAAUUGUAAGUUUUAGACAAUUAAUCAGUCAUGGCUUACUUAAAAUUUGGAAAGCUUUAGACCCGUAAUUAUUAAUAAUUUGUUAUUAAUAAAAUAUAUGGUGUUCUAUUUAAAAUUACUGAGAAAAUAAUGUACUUGCGUUUUGACUCACCCUGUAUUCAAUAUAAAGAAAAUUAACAAAACAACCAUUUACGAAAAUUUUGACAAUAAAUAAAAAAAUAUGACGUCAAUAAACCAUUGACCUUGUGCUUUCUUUUAUUUAUACAGGUAGUUAAAAAGGUUAUAAAUUUGUAAAUACCCCGUAUAACAUACCCAACCUUUAUAUUUUUGUAAUCGAAAAGUUACGCAGAUUUCGAAUAUAAAAUAAAAUAUAGGGUGUUCUAUUUAAAAAAACGUAAGUUUGGUCUGCCACUAUGUUAUCGAACACCCUGUAACAUUCUAAUUAAUUUUGUAAUGUGAAGCUCAAAAUUCGCUAUAAUUUUUGUUAUUAAGUUUUAUCGCUAUACAUUACUAUAACGGAUCUACGGGGCUUCACCCCACUAAUAAUUAAUCACCCUGUAUAAUAGUAAUUAAAUAUUGCAUUGUUAGCUAGUUCUAAGCUAUCCUGAAAAUUUCAGGUGUCUAAGUAGCCUAGAACUAUUUUUAAAAUGGAUUACAAAAUUUGCGGAGUCCGUGACACCAACCAAGCCAAGUAUAUAAAAAGGUUUUAAAUAAGGACUUGUAGGGAGAUAUAGCCGACACAAAUAAUUUCAAAAUGUCAUAAAGAUUUUAGAAAAGUGUAAAAAGGUGUAGGUUUUAAAUGUGUAGUUUAGGGCCAUUCAAUUAACAAUUUCUUAUAUAAUCAUAAACAUAUUACUUAAGCAGGUACUAUCUUAAUUUGUUCAUUAUCAUUCUGAAACUAUGUUUUUUGAAAACAAUUUUUAUACAUAUUUAAUGGAAAUAAACCACAAUUUCAAUAAUAAUAAAAUUAUAUUAAGGCACGUAUCCACUAUGUUGGCACUCCUCGCUCCAUGGAACUGAACUGCUUCAAUCAAUACGGCAUACACUCCUCUAAAUAUUAUUUAUAACCAGCCACAUAUUGGAGCGCGGACUGUUACACGGCCCGGGAGCGCCAAAGUAUCCACUAUGUGCAGCAGUUGCAGGAGCGCGGAUCGCCAACAUAAUGGAUACGUGCCUUCAAGCGUUUCUAUUCCACAUUAAAAAAUCUUUAUGAAAAUACAAAACAAAAUCCUAAAAACUAUCUCUAUCCUUAGAAUAAACAAAAAGUUUCUUUUGAAUGAGAUAUUUGAAAUUAAAAUCACACUAAAUUUUCUCUUUUUUAUUCACCCCUGUAACUUAUUAAAAUAAACAUUAUAGAAUUUUUCAGGGACUUUCGGCCCUCGGUAAUAACGAUAUCUUUCAUUUUGGGUUUAAAUAUUUUAAAAAUAUUUAUUAGUUUUCUCAGGAUUCGAAAAAAAUUUGAAAAACAUUUUAGCCGAGAUUUUGCCCCCAUGACCUUAAAAAACCUUUGUAAAACUAAAAACUAUAUUUUUUAAUUAAAAUAUCCUAUUCUCCUAGUCUCCUGUGAGGAGACAUGCCUUCUUCAGAGGUGAGAUGACUUUUUCAAAUUUGUCUAUAGACUGUUCUUAUUUGCAUUUGGAUACCUUCAAAAAAAUAUUAAGUAUGACCAAAAAUGACAGGCGUAUUUCUUAUUUGCUGAUAUAUGGUUGAGGUACAACGACUUGAAAAAACGCAUUAGCGCUGCAUUUUUGCUAAACAGAUUAGAAAUAGCUAAGUGUGUAGGUACUCGUAGACUUCUCGGGUAGAAAUCAGUCGAUGUUACGAUAAGAUAAAAAAAUUAUUCUAUGCUCAUUUGUAUAAAUGUCAGUAAACAUAGUUAGUUCCUUUAGUUUUGAUAGAGCAUUACUGAAUUAAUAGUUAAAAUGUCUAAUAUUUCUGAUGAAAUCGAAUACCACAUAGAAUGCGACUAUUGUGACAAAUGGUUUAAAUCUGUUGCGGAAAUAGAUUUGCACGAUAUAGAUGAACAUCUAACAAUCAAGUGUCCAAAUUGUGUCAAAUUAUUCAGAAAAGAUUCAGAGCUACAGGUUCAUGUUGAACAUAUUCAUUGUGUUAAAUGCCACUUUUGUGGUAAAUCGUUUGAAUCUUUUGAGGAGAUGAAGUAUCACGAUAGAGAAGUACAUCUAACAAUUGAUUGCCCACAUUGCAAUAAACUGUACAGAUCAGAUGAGCAACUGCAGAAACAUAUUGAAUACAAACAUAAAUUUCAAUGCGGAUUGUGUGAUAAAUCUUUUUUAUCCAUUGAGAAACUAGAUGAACACGACAUAUAUGUACAUUUAACAAUUGAGUGUCCAAGUUGUGAUGAAUUACUUUUCAGAAAAGAAGAUGAUCUACUUAACCAUAUUGGAUGUGAACAUUCUGAUUUGCGUUGCAAAGAUUGUAGUAAAUGGUUUUAUUCCCAAGAGCUCAAAGAUUUUCACAUGCGACAGAUGCAUCAAAUGUCCAUCAAUUUGUAAAAUGAGGUAUGUCAUCAAAUAUAUUAGUUAAUUCGAUUCCAAUAUUGUUGUUUGUCAGCAAUGUCAAAAAACUGUUUAAAUAGGUUAAUAUUAGAAUUGUUUUCAGGUGCAUAAUAUGUUAAACAUUUCUAUUUUUUUAUUGUACCAUAUACUACAAAUAAAAAAUAAGGAGCUGGAGCAGCAUAUAGCAGACACAAAUAAUUUUAAAAUGUCAUAAAUAUUUUAGAAAAGUGUAAAAAGUUUGGUUUUUAAAUUUUGACACAAUUCUCUCUAAUUUAGGGCCAUUAAAUUACAAGUUUAUUUUAUAUAGUCAUAAUAAUACAUUAUGCAACGAGCAUUUAAUGAUGGUCAUUAUGAAGCGAGUAUGAGGGAUACGAAACGAGCCGCCUAGUGGCGAGUUUCGUAUAGAGUACGAGCUUCAUAAUGAUACUUAAAUGCGAGUCGUAUACACGAUUUUUUCUAUGAUCAUUCACAUCAAAAAAUAUAUUCAAAUUUUGUCAGUUAGUUUAAAUAUUGAGAACUGUCAAAGCGUAUGUAUUUGACUCGCCAUUGGUCACUGCGCGUGUGCCACCUUUAUCGCGAAUGUCACAUCGCGAUCCUAUUGGUUAAAAAUCUGUAUCAUACUGAAAAUCUGUAUCAUAAUGGAGUUCAUUAUGGUACAGGUAGUGACAUCAUAAUUUAUAUAUUAUAGUGUGAGAAUAGAAAAAAAAUAUUUUUUCUACAACCGUGUUAAAAAUGCAAUUUUUAACACUCCAUACGAGCGUUAAAAAUGCUACUUUAAAGCACUAGUGCUUUAAAAUUUUUAUGGCACUGAAGUUCGUAUUGACCGUAUAGGCAAUUUUGAUGUAAUGUCAAAAAAAUUUAAAAAUGGAAUGUCAGUCAAGUUCAAGUAAAAGUUUUUGUAGAUAUUGUCCUGUAAUUACGUUGUAGAAAACAUAUUUAAUUGUAUGAUAUGCGUGUUAAAAAGUACAUUUUUAAGGCACUCAAGUGAAUUGCAGAACUCGCUUCGCUCAUUCUGCAAACUUUCACAUGCGUGCCUUAAACGUGUACUUUUAACACUUAUAUCAUAAAUAACUAUUUGAGUAUAGCUUAAUUUUUUCAUUAUUAUUCUGAAAUUUUUAUAUUGGGUAUCAUAUAAUUAUAAUGGAAAUCAACCACAAUUUGAAUAAAUAAUAAAAAAAAUUA